AUGAAAAUGUCUUACUCAAAGUUAAAAUAUUCUAAUAUGUUUCUGAAGAGUAUCAGAAAGUACAGCACUGAAAUUUCUGAAAAAUCAUCUAAAUGGAACUCGGUAGUUGGUCUAGAAAUUCAUGCUCAAAUAUCUUCAGAAUCAAAAUUAUUCUCUGGUGCAAGUACAGCUUAUGGACAGCCAGUUAAUUCCUGUGUUUCUUUUUUUGAUUGUGCGACUCCAGGAACACUACCAGCAGGCUAUCAGAUUACUCAACAAAGACAACCGCUAGCAGUGAACGGUAGCCUUAAGUUCAAUGUGUGGACUCCGGGUGUCCACAAAACGCCGUAUGAAAAAGUAACAAGGAUAAAACAAAUACAAUUGGAGCAAGACAGUGGCAAAAGUCUCCAUGAUACUUACAUAAAUAAAAGCCUCAUUGAUUUGAACAGAGCCGGUAUGCCUUUAAUGGAACUGGUAUUUGAACCAGACUUAUCAGAUGGCGAAGAAGCUGCAGGUUUAGUUAAAGAGCUGAUGAAUAUUCUAGUAAGAUUAGGAACUUGUUCAUGUAAAAUGGAAGAGGGAGCGUUGAGAGUAGAUGCGAAUGUUUCUGUAAAUAAAGAAAAUGAGCCAUUGGGUACGCGCACAGAAAUUAAAAACAUCGGGAGUGUACGAGGUGUAGCGGGAGCUAUUAAGUACGAGAUAAGAAGACAGAUAAAAUUGUUGGAGCAAGGAGAAAAAAUAGUCAACGAAACUUUGUCAUGGGAUGCAGCCUACCAGAAGACUGUGAUGAUGAGAGACAAGGAAGAAAAACAGGACUACCGGUUCAUGCCUGAGCCAAAUUUACCUCCCUUGCGUCUUUAUAUGGGUCAGGGAGACAAUAAAUAUAAUCUUAUAGACGUUAACAGUUUUAAGAAAAAAAUUCCAAGAUUGCCUAGUGAAAUUCGUCAUCAUUUUGUUAAUGAGUUUAAAUUAAUUCCAUUAAUGGCUAUAUCUAUUGUUGAUGAAAAAAAAUUGACGGUUUUAUUUGAAGAGACACUCGCUGAAAAUAAAAAUAGAAGUCCGAGAACUGUUGCCAAUGUUUUAAUGAAUGAAGUGAUGCAGUUUCUCAAUAAAAAUAAAUUAACACUGGAUAAUCUAAAUAUUUCUUCAAAACAGUUUGGACAGAUUAUUGAUUUAUUGGAAGCAAAAAAAAUUAAUUUGCUAGUUGUUAAUAAUAUUCUGGAAGUUUUGAUUGAAGAUCCCGAAAAAACACCUGAAGAAGUUGCGCAAGAAUCUAACUUGGAACUUAUAAAUGACGACGAAGAGUUACUAAAGUUAAUUAACAAAAUUUUUGAAGACAAUCCUAAAAUGGUAAAAGAAUACCAAAACGGAAAGGACAAAGUACUGCGUGCAAUAAUGAAUCAAGUUAUUAAAAAAUCAAAUAGCCGGGCCAAUUUGCAGAAAGCAUCAGACAUGAUACGUAGACUGCUGAGACCAAAUCAAUUUAAAUAA